AACAACAACAAUGACAGCUAAAACCAAAACUGAAUGUAAUGAGAAGGCAAAGGAGACCAUCAGCGAAGAGACCUUCAAAGAUUUACUCACCGAACAGUUGGAGCGUGUUGGCGCUGGCGGCGUAUUUGUUUGGUCGCUCUUUUUCCUCUGCGUUACACCGAACAUACUCAAUGGCUUCCACGUUUCAUCCUACACGCUGCUGGGCCACCUGCCCGAAGAUCAAUGGUGUGCCGUCGCCGAACUGCAGUCCACCAAUUGGACCGUGGAGCAACAGCGCAGCAUAGCACAACAGAAUCUCAAUACAGGUGGUUGCACCAUAUGGCAGUAUGAUUACCUAAAACUGUCAGCUAUGACAUAUGAGGAGGCGCUGAACUACACGACACAGCAAACGGCGAUCGGCAAACCGGCGGAGAUACCAUGUAAAAUGCAAGGUGAAUACGCGUACUCAGAUGCCGACACGACAUUUGUGGCGGAUUGGGAUUUAGUUUGCGAUCAGGCCAUACAACGUACCACGGCGCAGGUUGCCAUAUCGUUGGGAAAGUUCUUCGGCUCCUUCUCUUUUGGCAUAUUCUCCGAUAAAUUUGGACGCAAGACUGCCUUCAGCUUGGGCGCCAUCUUCUUCAUCAUAUCGAGCGCGUUGUGCACUUUUUCACCAUGGUAUCAGCUCUUCUUAGUAGGACGUUUUGGUUUGGGCGCCGCCUCAUCGGGUCUCUUCUAUCCCGCUUUUGCAAUGAUUGUGGAAAACAUCUGCCUGCGCCAUCGUUCCUGGAUGUCAAUCGCCUUUUCGGCCUCCUACCCGAUUGGCAUGAUCAUACUGGCGGCAGCUGCAUAUCUGGUGCCACAAUGGCGUUAUCUGCAGUUGACACUCUCAGUUCCGGCGCUUUUGCUGAUUGUCAAUUGCUACUUGAUGAAUGAGUCGCCACGUUGGCUUAUAACGAAGAAACGCUACGAUCAGGUCUAUAGAAUCUUAUUCAAACAGAAUUGCCAUUAUGAAAUUCAGAAAGCGCCCAUUGAAGCCAUCACCGAUAAGAAAGCCGAGGCACAACCCGCGGCAGAACCAACACUCUGGGAGAAAUUGCGUGAAGGUCCACUCAAACAAUUCCAUGAGCUAUUCGGCACAUGGAAGGUGCGUCGCCUGAUAUUCACCUCAUAUUUUAUGUUUUGCGUAACCUCGCUCAGUUACUAUGUAACAGCUCUAAACGCCGCCAACAUGUCGGUUAGUCGUUUUAUUUAUGUUGCCGUUACCGGCAUGGUGGAUCUGCCUUCAUAUCUGGUGCCGGUGAUAUUGCUGCGUUUCACGGGACGUCGCACAACUACAAUGUCACUGUUUAUGCUGACCGGCGUAGCCUUACUCAUGGUGUUAGCUGUGCCCAGUGGCAAUACAGCGUGGAUCAUUUCAUUUGCGAUGUUGGGUCGUUUUGGCAUUAGCGCUACAUAUUCCAUUGUUACACUAUAUACCGCCGAAUUAUAUCCCACCGAGAUAAGAAAUUCUGCAUUGGGCACAUGCUCGACGUGGGCGCAUGUGGGCUCCAUUUCAGCGCCUUAUGUGGUCGAUGUGUUGGGUUUGCUCGGCUGGUACAUUCCAACGACAAUUUGCGGUUGUUGCGUUUUGGUGGCCGGUCUACUGACACUCACACUCCCCGAAACCAGUACACACAAACUGGCAGAUCGCGUUGAGGAAGUGCCCUCUGAAUCGGAAUCGAGCACUGAAGAUAACACCACAUCCACUACUGUGGCCAAAGCGAAAGAAACCGAUGGUACUAAUUAAAUUUAGUUUUUUCUUUUAGUUUUUAAAUAUUCUCACACUUACUUAUAUAAUUAGUAAUAAACAUAAGUUAAUAAUGAUAUAAUUUA